AUAGUCACCGUUUAGUCUGCUUGCGUGAGUUAUCAUGCUCUGUGUUCAGCACAAUCGAACCCUUCGCUCUCAAUUCGAAUUCAUCAUCAACAAACAGAGAGGCAAGACAAUACCUGUCGUUCUAGUGAGACGACUAGGCAAGGCGGUCUGUGUAUGUCACGCUCGUGUUACUGGAGACGACGAGUUUCAGUCGGAACUCGAAGCUGUCAAGAUUUGGCUGACGUCUCACCGCCGCCGGCAUUCAAAUCACUAUGGUGAUGACGUCAUGCAUGUACUAAAGAGUGCUUGUGAUGAGGCUGGAGAUUCGAAGAAAAACGUGGAAGACGUAUUUGGAAAGCUAAGAAUGCUGUCUGUUUUAAUGAAAGUAGAGAAGGCUGAUUAUUCAUGUAUACCAAAUUUGUCAUCAGAGAGACAUUUACAGCUAAAGUUUGAAGAAAAGUUAAAGCUUGACUUGAAACCUCGGCACGUUGGUUUGCUGAUCGGUACAAAGGGAAUACAUGUCAAACCUCUGUGCAAGAAGUUUGAGGCCGACAUUGCAAUAUUAACUCCUCGAACGUUCUUCAGAGCAAGACCCUGGUGGCUACCGGAUGCAGACAGUGAUGUUGUAGAUGUGAAGGUGGCCGCUCCUAAUGUCGACUCUUUGAAACAAGUAAUGAGUGAUUUAAAGAUCAGAGCGGAGAAGGUGCGGGCAGCUAAAGCAAAAAAUGAUUUGGCUGCUAAAGUACGAAAAUUAAUGUACCAAAAUACAUUACCUAAAACGAGUUUACUAGCCGAUGAGACGGUUGAUAAACCAGAGGAAGUAAAAGAGAAAGCACGUGCCGAUUUUAUAAAGAAAAGACUCAAGACGCCAUCGAUCAGAGUCAAAGCUGCUCCUGUUCUUGAGAAUGGGUAUUGUGUGCAUUGCAUGUCUCCGUUCUUUAAGGGAGGAAAUGAGCAGGGCUGUUGCCAGUUUCACAAAGGAUUCGAAUGCGGUGGUUUUUGGUCGUGUUGCAAUGAGAGAUGCGAUGGUUUGGUUACACACGAGAUGCAUGCAACAACAGGUUGUACGUUGGGUAGACACGUGUGGCGACCGAGAGUGGCAAGUAAAUGCAAGCACAACAGCUCUAGGAAGGGACGAAAAGAAAAGUUCAUCAGAAAACGUCUUUGGCUUUAUUAGUGUAGUUAGACUGAUGUUGAGUGUGUGUACGAAUAUGUCAGGUUUGCAACAUAUUGAAUGUUCUAAUUGAUCUGUAUUGCUAUGAUACUAACAUGAUGUUUGCUGUACUUUGUGAUUGAAUAAACAUGGGUAUAGACUCGUUUUAUACCGAUCA